CGGGUUCGGAGCUGCCAGCGCGAGCGGUGUAGGCGCGGGGUCGACACCCAGCGAGGACCUCGGCAUGGAGCCGCCUGGCGGGGGCAUGGGGCCCGGCCGCGGGAAUCGGGACAAGAAAAAGGGUCGGAGUCCGGACGAGUUGCCUGCAGCGGGCGGGGACGGCGGCAAAUCCAAGAAAUUUACUCUGAAGCGGCUCAUGGCAGAUGAGCUGGAGAGAUUUACUAGCAUGAGACAUAAGAAGGAGAAGGAGAAACCCAAUUCUGCUCAUAGAAAUUCGGCAUAUGGAGAUGAUCCCGCAGCACAGUCACUGCAGGACAUUUCAGAUGAACAAGUCCUAGUACUCUUUGAACAGAUGUUGGUGGAUAUGAACCUGAAUGAGGAAAAACAGCAACCUUUGAGGGAGAAGGAUAUAAUCAUCAAGAGGGAGAUGGUGUCUCAAUAUUUGCAUACCUCUAAAGCUGGCAUGAGUCAAAAGGAGAGCGCUAGGUCUGCCAUGGUGUACAUUCAGGAGUUGAGGUCAGGCUUGCGGGACAUACAUCUACUCAGCUGCCUGGAGUCCCUGCGCGUCUCUCUAAACAACAACCCUGUUAGUUGGGUACAAACAUUUGGUGCUGAGGGCCUGGCCUCCUUGUUGGACAUCCUUAAACGACUUCAUGAUGAGAAAGAGGAGAUUACUGGAAACUAUGAUAGUCGAAAUGAGCAUGAGAUCAUUCGUUGCUUAAAAGCUUUUAUGAACAACAAGUUUGGAAUCAAGACCAUGCUGGAGACAGAAGAAGGAAUCCUACUGCUGGUCAGAGCCAUGGAUCCCGCUGUUCCCAACAUGAUGAUUGAUGCAGCUAAGCUGCUUUCUGCUCUUUGUAUCCUACCCCAGCCAGAGGACAUGAAUGUAAGGGUUUUGGAGGCAAUGACAGAAAGAGCUGAGAUGGAUGAUGUGGAACGUUUUCAGCCACUGCUGGAUGGAUUAAAAAGUGGCACAUCUAUUGCACUCAAGGUGGGGUGCCUACAGCUGAUCAACGCUCUAAUCACACAAGCUGAGGAACUUGAUUUCCGAGUUCAUAUACGAAGUGAACUGAUGCGCUUGGGAUUGCAUCAAGUGUUGCGGGAACUUCGAGAGAUUGAAAAUGAAGAUAUGAGAGUACAGAUAUCUGUAUUUGAUGAACACGGGGAUGAAGAUUCUGAAGAAUUGAGGGGACGACUGGAGGACAUUCGAAUCGAGAUGGAUGACUUCAGUGAAAUCUUCCAGAUUCUCUUAAACACAGUGAAAGAUUCAAAGGCAGAACCACACUUUCUCUCCAUCCUGCAGCACUUACUCUUGGUUCGAAAUGACUAUGAAGCCAGACCACAGUACUAUAAGUUGAUUGAAGAAUGUAUUUCUCAAAUAAUUCUGCACAAGAAUGGGGCUGAUCCUGAUUUCAAGUGCCGGCACCUCCAGAUAAAUAUUGAGGGAUUAAUUGACCAAAUGAUUGACAAAACAAAAGUGGAGAAAUCUGAAGCCAAAGCUACAGAACUGGAAAAAAAGCUGGAUUCAGAGUUAACAGCCCGACAUGAGCUACAGGUGGAAAUGAAAAAAAUGGAAAACGACUUUGAACAGAAGCUCCAGAGUCUUCAAGGAGAAAAGGAUGCACUGGAUUGUGAAAAGCAGCAAAUUGCCACUGAGAGAAAGGACCUGGAAGCAGAAGUGGCUCAGCUCACAGGAGAGGUUGCCAAGCUCUCCAUGGAACUGGAAGAUGCCAAGAAAGAAAGGGAUUCUCUCUCUGCUGCAGCUAUUGCUGCGGCAGCCUCCAUCAGUGCUGUUCCCCCUGCCCCUUCUUCCCCUACUAGCUCUGCUUCUCCUCUGUCCCCAUCCUCUCCUUUACCCCCUCCUCUACCUCUUCCUGAGAGUUGUGCCAUUCCUCCUCCACCACCACCCCCUCCCUUGCCUGGAAGUUCUCCUAUCCCCCCACCCCCUCCCCCUCCAUCCCUCUGCUCCGGCCACGAGCUGCACCUGGAACUGCAGGGGUGCCCACACCCCACCCCAUUCUGCACUCGAGGCACCCCCUCCUCCUCCAUCCCUCUGCUCCGGCCACGAGCUGCACCUGGAACUGCAGGGGUGCCCACACCCCACCCCAUUCUGCACUCGAGGAGGCUACUCAGUGAGGGGCCCACAGGUUCUGCUAUCCCUCCUCCCCCACCCCUGCCUGGAGGUUCUGCUAUCCCUCCUCCCCCACCCCUGCCUGGAGGAAUACUUCUUCCCAGUAGCUCUGGAAUCCCUCCUCCCCCCCCAUUUCUUGGAGGACCUGGCAUUCCUCCACCUCCACCUGGAAUGGGUAUGCCUCCCCCUCCGCCUCUUGGAUUUGGAGCCCCAGUUCUGCCAUAUGGACUAGCCCCAAAGAAGCUUUAUAAGCCAGAGGUGCAGCUCCGGAGGCCAAACUGGUCCAAGUUUGUUGCAGAGGACCUUUCCCAGGACUGCUUCUGGACAAAGGUGAAGGAGGACCGAUUUGAGAACAAUGAUCUUUUUGCCAAACUUACCCUUAUCUUCUCUGCUCAGACCAAGACAUCGAAAGCCAAAAAGGAUCAGGAAGGUGGAGAAGAAAAGAAAUCUGUACAAAAGAAAAAAGUAAAAGAGUUAAAGGUGUUGGAUUCAAAGACAUCCCAGAAUCUUUCAAUCUUCCUGGGUUCCUUCCGCAUGCCCUAUCAAGAGAUUAAGAAUGUUAUCCUGGAGGUGAAUGAGGCUGUUCUGACUGAGUCCAUGGUCCAGAACCUCAUUAAGCAGAUGCCAGAGCCAGAGCAGUUAAUAAUGCUUUCAGAACUGAAGGACGAGUAUGAUGACCUGGCUGAGUCAGAGCAGUUUGGCGUGGUGAUGGGCACUGUUCCCUGCCUGCGGCCUCGUCUCAAUGCCAUCCUCUUCAAGCUGCAGUUCAAUGAGCAGGUGGAGAAUAUCAAGCCAGAGAUAGUUUCUGUGACUGCUGCAUGUGAGGAGCUGAGAAAGAGCGAUAGCUUCUCUAGUCUCCUGGAAAUUACUCUGCUAGUCGGCAACUAUAUGAAUGCUGGUUCUAGAAAUGCUGGUGCUUUUGGCUUCAAUAUCAGCUUCCUCUGUAAGCUUCGAGACACCAAGUCCACAGAUCAGAAGAUGACGUUGUUACACUUCUUGGCAGAAUUGUGUGAGAAUGAGUAUCCAGAUGUCCUCAAGUUCCCAGAUGAGCUUGCCCAUGUGGAGAAAGCCAGCCGAGUUUCUGCUGAAAACUUGCAGAAGAAUCUAGAUCAGAUGAAGAAACAUAUUUCUGAUGUGGAACGUGAUAUUCAGAAGUUCCCAGAUGCCACAGAUGAGAAAGACAAAUUUGUUGAAAAAAUGACUAGCUUUGUGAAGGAUGCAGAGGAACAGUAUGAGAAGCUCCAAAUGAUGCACUCUAACAUGGAGACCCUUUAUAAGGAGCUGGGCGAGUACUACCUCUUUGACCCCAAGAAAGUGUCUGUGGAAGAAUUCUUCAUGGACCUGCACAACUUUAAGAAUAUGUUUUUGCAAGCAGUCAAGGAGAACCAGAAGCGACGGGAGACCGAGGAAAAGAUGCGUAGAGCAAAACUUGCCAAGGAGAAGGCAGAGAAGGAGCGGCUGGAGAAGCAGCAGAAGAGGGAGCAGCUCAUAGACAUUAAUGCAGAGGGCGAUGAGACGGGCGUGAUGGACAGUCUCCUGGAAGCUCUGCAGUCAGGUGCAGCAUUCCGACGGAAGAGAGGACCUCGUCAGGCCAACAGAAAGGCCGGGUGUGCAGUCACAUCUCUGCUAGCCUCAGAGCUGACCAAGGAUGAUGCCAUGACUUCUGUUCCUGCUAAGAUGAAGAAGAGCAGUGAGGGAAUCCCCACGAUCCUUGAGGAAACCAAGGAGUUGGUUGGCCGUGCAAGCUAAUCUGCGUCCUGAGGCCACGGCAGCUUCUAUGCAGCACCAGGCUGUCCUUCCCUGCAGCAUGAGCCUAACGGGUGAUGGAGAUGUGUCUCUGGGGUGGCCACUCCCAACACCCCAACCCAGUCUUGCUCUCUGGCCUGCUACUCUUUGUACAUCAUACACAGCUUCAGCUGCCUAGAGGCCAGGAGGGAAGAGCGGUGUGGGCUAGGCCUGAGUCCACCCAGCCAGCCCUGGCUGCUGUAGUACCAAAGCAGGCUCUGUGAUUGCUGCCUUAACCCCCAGUGUCUCCUCUGUUACUCUGAGGCCUUGUCUCAAACAAAGCCUCAACGGCUUUCUCAGCCCCAGCUUUGAAGUGGGCUUGCCCCUAGGUCAAUCAAUCUGUCUAGGUUUGUGCUUUUUUUUUUUUUUGUAAUUUCUCUGGCCCUGAGAACAGCAUGGGGCUGGCAAACCUUUGGGGUAUCUCCCUCCUUUCAUUGCUGUCACCUCUGCUCUGCUCUUCCCACUCCUGGCUGUUAUUUAUUACUAGUGAUGUGGCAUUGGGAGCUCCCUUUAAGGAAGGGGGCAGUAGAUCUCACCACACCUUUCUGGGACAGGCCUCACAAAACAAAAAGUACCUGGACACUUACUGAUGCCGCAGGGGCCUAGUCAGAGCACAUGGGCAGGCAGGCAGUCAGGCAGGGCAUAGAGACAUUGUGGGACCUGCCCUCAGCCUGCUGCCAUGCUUUAUGCCCUCGCCUCCCUGGACCUUCUCACCAGCGCCCAGGCUAUCCUAGACACCAUCCCCUCCCCAGAGCUUUGGUGCAUCUCAUCUGGAGUAUGGGCUGUAUUAUAACAUCCCAACCUCACCCUCUUGUCUCCAAGGAAAUGGGAGGUGGAGCCUCCUGGCUGAGAAAUUGUUUUGCAAAUGGAUCUAUUUUUGUAUAAGUUUUUUUUUUUUUUUUUUUUAAGAAAAAUUAUUCUUCUCCCUUUCCCCUUCAUAAUGUAAGAGGCUUUGUUGGUAGGUUCCAGAGUCACUGGGGUUUUUCCCCACAGGCCUCAAUGCUGAACAAGUCCCUGGACCUCCACCUCAGGCCGCAAGCCUUCUGGACCCUGAGUUCAAUGCAGAUUCAGCAUCCAGCUCUGGUUGACCUAUACCAGGCCUAAGAGUAGUGGGAGCUCUGAGACCACAGAGUUUUUAUAAAUUAAUAUAUUUAUCAAGCCAAAUGUGCAGAUGCUAACUGGACACUUGGGGAAGUAUCUACACACACUGGCCCCUGCUCCCUUCUGAACAGUGGGUGGCCAAACUGUUCAUUGACUCCAGCCAUCACAGGAAGCUCAUCUUCUCUGGCUCAAGGUGACAUUCAUGCCUUCCUUGUGCUGCUUUCCAGUUCCCAUUACCUGUAGGUAGGGAGAGAGAAUGGCACUGUUGAGACUGGAUCCAGAAUUAUAUUUGUUAGAGCUUGAGGGAGUUUAGGAUGCCUGCAGGGAUGCCUUGAGGCUAGGAAGGAGGGUCUGGUUGCUAGAGCUGAGUGUGCAGAAGCAACACUGCUCCUUUGAGCUAUUUCUGGGAAGACUGUGGUAGAGGGGCUGCUGACCCCCUAGGUCCCCUCCUCCUCCUCCUCCUCCUUGCUGACAUAUGGGAUUCAAUCCUUUCUUUUUUAAUCUACUUUUGCUAAAAUGCAUUUAAUAAUAAAAAAAAAAAAAGGACAAAAUGCAAACAGCAUCUCCCUUGCCUCUCAGGCUUCUGGGAUGUCAUCACCUCCAGUUUGUCGGGUUUGUUUCCAACUGUAAUAAAGCAUUCAGACAGUA